UUUAGAACAGCAUAGUAUUUGGCAUGCGAUGCUCGGAACCCCCGGCCACCACCCAUGCAUCUGGUAUAGAUCUUAGCUUUGCCUAUUUUGACCACAGGUAGACAACUUGAAUUUCAUCUCAUGGUAUGUAUUAAUCACGUGACCACAAACCACGCGGUGCCCUUGCCAUCAAAAAAAAUUUCAGACUAUCACCACAAUGAUAUAUCACAUACCGAAUCACCAUGUCCUUUGUUAAUAUCUGUCGUGAUAACACCGAUCCGUUCUACCGGUACAAGAUGCCUCUCAUUCAGUCCAAGACUGAAGGUAGAGGUAACGGUAUCAAGACCGCAAUCCUCAACUUGGCUGAAGUUGCCCGUGCAUUGGGUAGACCUCCAGCAUACCUUGUCAAGUUCUUCGGAUCAGAAUUAGGUGCCCAAACCUCCAUAGACGAAAAGCUUGACCGUUACUUGGUCAACGGUGCCCACGAUAGUGCCGAAUUGCAAGACUCUUUGGACGGAUUCAUCAACAAGUUCGUUCUCUGUGGAUCAUGUAAGAAUCCUGAAACUGAAAUUCAAGUCAAGGGAAAGGAUGACUUGCAGAGAGACUGUAAAGCAUGUGGUAAGAUUACCAUGAUCGAUUUAAAGCACAAAUUAUCAUCCUACAUAUUGAAGCAUCCACCUACUUCCAAGAAGGGUAAGAAGGCUGCCACUGCUACUGCUAACGUUGUUGGUGGUGGUAAGUCUAUUUCUGACAUUGCCUCUGGACAAUCCAAGCCAGCAGCUGAAGAUGCUGAAGGCAACGACGACGACGAUUUCUUGACCAAGAAAAUCAAUGCUGAAGCUGCCCAAUUAGCCAGUGUGCAAGUCAAGGACGACGAAUGGGCCGUUGACAUGUCUGAAGAAGCCAUCGCCGCUAGAGCUAGAGAAUUAGAAGGCUUGACUUUGAACGAUGACGAGGCCAAGUUCAACGACUUUGGUGAGUGGUUAUUGAAGGAAUCAGACGAAUCCAAGGAAGAUUUGCCAACUGACGUUGAGAUUUACAAGAAGAUUAUCGAAUUGGAAAUUUCUGACAAGCCUGAGACCGUCCAAGUGUUGGCUCAAGUCUUGUUCGAUGAAGAUAUACUAAACCAAAUCGAACCACAUGUUGGUUUAUUGGCCAAGUUGAUCAACGGUCAAGAGGAAUUUGAAACUGCAUUCUUGGGAGGUCUUGAAAGAUUUUUGGGUUUGGAAAAGCCAGACUUGAUUCCUGCCGUUCCAAAGAUCUUGCUUUCUUUAUACGAUAAGGAAAUUAUCUCUGAAGAAGUAAUCCUUUCAUGGGGUAGCAAGGUCUCGAAGAAGUAUGUUCCAAAGGAUGUUUCCAAGAAGGUCCGUAAGGCUGCUAAACCAUUCAUCAAGUGGUUGGAAGAAGCUGACGAAGAAAGUGACGAAGAGUAAAGAAUUGAUACUACUAAAUAGUUUAAUCGAAAAUCUUGUUAUAUGAAUGUAAUAUA